AGAGAAGUUUCCCCGGGAUGUUUACGCGGAGAGGAGCGUGCGUGCAAACGCAGUGGGUGGUGGGAUAGAUGGGGAUGUUUCCAUCAUGGCGGCUUCCAUUUCGGGCUAUACUUUUAGUUCUGUGUGUUAUCACAGCGCUAACAGCAACUCUGAUCAUGAGGGCUUCCUUUUAGGAGAAGUAAGGCAAGAGGAAACUGUCAGCAUCAGUGAUACACAGAUCAGCAGUGCUGAACUCCUCCAAGUAGUAGAAGUCCAUAAUCAUGAACCUUGUGCACAGCUAUUUAGUUUUUAUGAUUAUGCUGGAAAAGUCAAUGAUGAGAAUCUUAACAGAAUUCUUAAAGACAGACACAAAAAUGUCAUCGGCUGGUACAGGUUCAGGAGGAACACGCAGCAGCAGAUGUCGUUCAGGGAACAGAUCAUCCACAAGCAGCUGACCCAGCUCCUGGGCGUACCUGACCUAGUCUUCCUCCUCUUCAGCUUCAUCUCCACAGCUAACAACUCCACACACGCACUGGAGUAUGUGCUGUUCAGACCCAACCGCAGGUACAACCAAAGGGUGACCCUCCACAUCCCCAACCUGGGCACCACCAGCCAGCAGGAAUACAAAGUCUCCUCUGUCCCCAACACCUCACUCAACUAUGCCAAGGUCAUCAAAGAGCACGGGGCUGAAUUCUUUGAUAAAGAUGGUGUGAUGAAGGAUAUCAGAACAAUUUUUCAAGUCUACGGUGCACUACAAGAUAGAGUGCAAGCUGUAUGUGGAGAGGUUGAGCAGAAUGAACGCGUGAAAGAGAAAUUCCAGGAGGAGGUGAACAAACUCAAACAGCAAAUUGCUCUCAGGAAACAAAAAUCCGCAGAGGAGGAGAGAAGACUCCAGGAGGCGCAGAACCCUGAGCAAUGUCCUACUCCUGAGGAGAACUCUGAGCCCCCGGAGACCUCCCUCCUGUCCAGGGUGAUCUUUCACACCCCAUCUACCCCCGAGCGGCUAGGUCCCUCUGCAAACCCCCCUUCCUACGCAGACCUCCUCUCCUUGCAGGAUGACUCGCUCCUCCCCUCCUUGUCCUCCCCUACCAGUGCUGCGCUGCUUCCCCGUCCCCAGGCUGUGGGCUCUCCAGGCCACCCUUCUCCCAGUCCUCUGGGUCUGAACCCCAGCCCUGCUCCUAGCCCCAGUACACCCUACCUGGGGAACGGAGACGGAUCCAGCUCUGACUCCCUGGACAGACAGGCUGCAGGGCAAGAGGAUGAUGAGGAGGAGGAGGAUGAUGAUGAUGUUGAUGAGGACAGCAGUGAGUAUGAGAACCUUGUGAGCGAGGUGGCACAGUUUCCCCCGGUUACUGCCAGUGCGUUGGCUGCGGGCCGCCCAGCCGCCCUCAGUCCAGACGGUGAUGCCUCAGUCCAGACGGUGAUGCCUCAGUCCAGACGGUGAUGCCUCAGUCCAGACGGUGAUGCCUCAGUCCUUGGCUCACAGACUUCGUAGACGCCAGCCAUGGGGACACAAUUAACUGACACACUGGGAGACGAUGGCAUCCCAACCAAUCAAUGAGAGUAGUCUUCUAUAUUACAGAGGAAGCGCCAACCCGGAAAAUAAAAGGCAUGUGUAUUUCUGUUCGCUUUUAGUUUGAUAACCAUUCUGGGGGGUAAUGUCAUGCUUCAUGGGCUAUACUUUUCUGUCUAGAGGGGUAAAGAUAGUCAGUUGGAGCCUGGCUGCCUCCAAUGAAUGUGUUUGAUUUAGGGACUGAUUACUUUAUAACUGAAUAAACGCCAACCGGUUUGUCCGACCUCUCUGAAUGGAUAGACCCACUCCGCUCGUCCUGGAUCAUGCUGCGUCACAUCUGCAUCAUCAACUUUGAGCAUCCAAUUGUACCAUUACCUCUUGCACUAUGUUUGCCUUUUAACAAUUUAUUUAAGACAAGCAAAGGGAAAAUGUUCUGUGGCCUUCAAACUUUUCUUUUUAGUGAGACAGGUGAGUGGUUCUUUUUUUGUCUUGCCUUUUUCUUUUUUUUUGCUUAUUACAAAGAAGUAAUAUAUGUAUGCGUAAGCUAUAAUUUCAUUAGUCUGCACAGUUAUGAUACUCUACUUUGAGCUGUCUUUAUUAGGAUCUAAUUUCCUUUAACAAUCAAUGGAUUUUAUGCCUAUUUAGAUGACAAAGAUUCUAGAUUCAGUUUUACUUCGCCACUACUGUAAUUUGUGUUUAUAUUAAUUUUUAGGACAAAAUAACAGCUAUGACCCAGUCAGAAUAAUUCGUAGAUGCACCUCUGCAUGCAGUAUGAAGGAAGUUAGUUUCACGAGCCAAUGCUAACUAAAGUUAGCGCAAAGACGAGAAGUCAACAGGUACACUUGCAUACGAAAAAUGGUAUCUACGAUUUCAUCUGACUAUGGGUGACUAUAAAAAACAGAUUCUCGCAGUAUCCCUAAUUAAUGUUACUCAAUGUCUCAUUUUUCUUAACACUGAAACAACUAUGCGCUUUGCUGCACAUAACACAUUUAGAGGAUUUCGUUAUUGUGCUUUACCAAUGCUGUUCAGUUGUGCCACUUGAGAAGUAUGCUUUGAUCACCUGAGCUGAGCUAGCUCAGCUUUUGUGGAUUGUAUGGUGUUGACGGGGAGAAAACACAACGUACUCUAGCUUUACUAACCAGACCUUGCUGCUGCAUCAGAGCUACCACUUAACAAGAAAACUGUGCAUCGACAUUAACCUGUCUGCUUCUUUCAUCUCAUGUCCUUACACUGCUGGUCGUCUCCAUUUCUGCGGAGUGCUGAAACUGACUAGAAUGGCUUCCCCCAAGGUAAUUCUGAGGGAACGGUUUCCCCCUGUAGCUAUAUGUUACAGCCUUGGAACAAGACAUCUCCUGACUGUCUUGUCAACACCAAUAGACCUCACACUCUCAAAGCUGAUUGGGCUAAAUGUGUAUGGACCUUGAUAAUGUGACAAAAAUGACCUCAAUUCAGAGUCCAGUGCCUUCCAUUUUGGCAGUUACACCGGCUCGUUACUACACGCACAAUGCAAGCGACUGGAAAGAAGAAAGGUUGUUCCAAUUGUGGGCAGAUUAUCCUUCACCCUGCAGUGUUAUCCAAGCCUUGUGUAUAUAGCUUUUCCCAUGUGCAGCCCACAGUGUAUGUUGCUCUUUCUGCCUUAGGGUCAACUUGCUUUCCUUCAUCACUCAGCAUUACUGUAUAAUGUCAACUCAUAGCUUGGUGGACUGGUACUCUAAUUUGUUUUAGAAAAUAUUAAUUACUGAACAACCAAGUCCCACAAAAGAUUAUAAUGAGAAAGGAGUGGUUUCCACUUGAGCACUUGAAUCAACAAUGGGAGUUAAGAAAAAGUCAUCAAUAAUGAAUGUACACUGUGCAGUAUAUAGGAGGUUGUAGCAUUCAAACAGCACUUAUUUAUGAGAAUCUCAGUCGCGAUGGAAGUGGCUGGCAGGAGAGAAGGGUCUUUAAUAACAUGGUUUGGACCCUAGCUAGAAGUGGCCCCUGAGAGCCUGUAACUUCUCCCUUAAGUACAAAGUCCCAUCACAUCACUCAUGUCUGUAAGGUCGGUGGGACAGGAAAAGGCCAAGUUCUUUUGGUCACUUGGUUCUUAAGUGGGUUGUAAUAAUAAAAGAGACAUGCUUA